AUGUCUACUUCACAAGACGACGUCGCCAUCAUCGGCGGCGGCAUCGCAGGCAUGGCCCUCGCCCUCACCCUAAACUCCCAUUCCAUCCCCGCGACAAUCUAUGAGAUGCGCUCGGAGACGCCCCAACCCCACCACGCCGGCGGCGGAAUGAUGCUCUGCCCCAACGCGCUACGCAUCCUGGAUUCUCUGCAACUGUACACGCCCCUGCUGGAGCAUGCGUAUCCCUUUGACUACGUCUACUACAAGGACAGCGACGAGAACACCGUCGACAGGUACCCGAUGGGCGGCACCAAGGAGUUCGGGUACGAAGCGGUCAGAAUCUUCCGGCAGGAGCUCAUUGACCUCCUCACGAAGGCUUGCCGCGAGAAAGGCGUCAGGAUAGAGCACGGCAUGAAAUUCACCCGUGUCGUGGACGAGACGGAGGACGGCGUCGAGAUUGAGUUUGAAGGAGGCGAGACGAGGCGGGCGACCUUGCUCGUUGGUGCCGACGGAAUCCACUCAAAAGUCAGGACGUCGUAUGUCGCGCCGGAGGUGAAGCUAGGCUUCGUCGGGCUGGCGGCGCUGACGUUCGCUGCGCCGACGGCGGGGCUGCGGGUACCGGAGGACAAGGACUACCGGUUCCCGGUCAGCGUGGCGAGCACCAACGGCGUGUUCGUGCUGGCGCCGCAGAAGCCCGACGGCAGCGAGAUGCUGGCGGGCACGCAGGUUCCGUUCGACGAGGCGCAGGCCGGGCGGCGGGACGCGUUGCUCGCCGACAAGGAAAGCCUGAAGGCGAGGCUGAGGCGCAACGAGAGCGAGUGGCCUGACAUUGUGAGGUCCGCGCUCGAGAACAUCGAGGAUGAGACGAUGAACGUGUGGCCGUUCUACAUGCUGCCUGCGCUGGAGCGGUGGGCGUCUCCCAAGGGCCGGGUGUUGGUGCUGGGAGACGCGGCGCAUGCGAUUCCGCCGACGACGGGCCAGGGGGCGUCGAUGGCGUUGGAAGACGCGGCGAGUCUCGCGCUCAUCGUGAAGCGGACGAGGGAGAGCGAGGGGAAGAUUGGAUGGGAGGAUGGCGUCGGAUUCUGGCAGGGGAUCCGCAAGGAGAGGUUGCGGGACCUGGUUGUGCUUACGAAGAAGCUGAACAACAAGAGGAUGCCGAGCCACGAGAUGGCCAAGUUGCCCAAGGAAGAGCUCUGGGUUGACGAAGGCGAGGGCCAGAUGAAGUGGUUAUAUGUGCCUGAGAUUGAGAAGAAGGUCGAGGACUGGAUUCAGGAACGGUUGCAGCAGUGA